AUGGAGGACGGCGCAGGAAGAGGUUUGGAAUGCCCGAAGACUACGGUUGGGAAGGCGAGUAAUGGGAAUGGGAUAGAGAAAAAAAUCCCUUCUUGUUGUUUGAAGGCUAAAGCUUCGGCCCCUGAGUCAGAGGCAAAGUGCCAUUCCACUGUUGUUUCUGGGUGGUUUUCAGCUUCUCAAACUUGCUCAGGGAAAUCCGAAAAAGCUGCUUAUUUCAACAACCCAAUGUGGCCAGGAGAAGCCCAUUCAAUUAAAGUUGAAAAGAUCUUAUACAGGGAAAAGUCAGAGUACCAAGAGGUCUUGGUUUUUGAGUCAUUAGUUUAUGGGAAAGUACUUGUACUAGAUGGAAUUGUUCAAUUAACUGAGAAGGAUGAAUGUGCUUACCAGGAGAUGAUUGCUCAUCUUCCCCUCUGUUCAAUUCAGUCCCCCAAAACGGUUUUAGUUGUUGGUGGUGGAGAUGGUGGAGUACUUAGGGAAGUAUCCCGCCACAGCUCUGUAGAACAUAUUGAUAUCUGUGAGAUAGAUCAGAUGGUUAUUGACGUUUCUAGGAAGUUUUUUCCAGAUUUAGCUGUUGGGUUUGAAGAUUCUCGUGUACAUCUGCACGUUGGUGAUGCUGUUGAAUUUCUUAAAUGUGCUCCUGAAGGGAAGUAUGAUGCCAUAAUUGUUGAUUCCUCAGAUCCUGUGGGUCCUGCGCAGGAACUUGUUGAGAAGCCUUUUUUUGAUACAAUAGCGAAGGCAUUAAGGCCUGGCGGAGUCCUUUGUAAUAUGGCAGAGAGUAUGUGGCUUCAUACACACCUUAUUCAAGAUAUGAUCUCUAUUUGUAAAGAAACAUUUAAAGGUUCUGUACAUUACGCAUGGGCAAGUGUACCAACAUAUCCAAGUGGUGUGAUAGGCUUUCUUCUCUGUGCCACGAAAGGACCAUCGGUUGAUUUUGUAAACCCUAUCAAUCCCAUUGAAAACUUGGAAGGUGCUAAUGAACACAAAAGAGAACUUCGAUUCUACAAUUCAGAGAUGCAUUCAGCUGCUUUUGCGUUGCCGGCGUUUCUGAAGAGAGAAGUGAGUCUGCUCCGUGAUGGCUCCCUUGAGUAG